GCAGUGACAGUCCUGAACACACCUCACCAAACUCCAGGACGCAACACACUAAACACUAGGACUAAAGAGUUUCAAGUUAUCCCUCACUGAGCUGCGGAGACAAACGGCUGGAAAAGACUCAAACUCGCUGACACUGAACUGAAGACAGCUCCUGCCUUAACUUGGACUUUCACUCUUUCUUUUUUGGAGUGAUUUUUAAUUCCUGGACACUGUUGAGAGAGAACGAGAGACGACGAGAGGCUGAAUUGAUGCACGCGCUGUGCUGACACUGACAUUUGUUGAUUAUCCAGUGUGACAAUAAACAGCUGGUAAGCUUCCCAUCACUUUUCCCCUACGACUUUAUGUCUACAAAGAUGGAGCAGCCUUUUUAUCAUGACGACUCUUUUCUGUCGCCUUACGGCCACUCAGAUGCAGCAAUGCACGACUACAAACUGCUAAAGCAGAGUAUGAAUUUGAACUUGACAGAGCCUUAUCGCAACCUGAAAUCUCAACUGAGAGCCGAGGUAGACGCGUACCAAGCAGGGCAGCAGGACAUGGGGUCCCUGAAGCUCGCGUCCCCAGAGCUAGAGAGGCUCAUCAUCCAGAACAGUAACGGGGUGAUCACCACUCCCACGCCCGGCCAAUACUUCUACAGCCGCAGCAUUACCGAAGAGCAGGAGGGCUUCGCUGAAGGCUUUGUGAAAGCGCUGGACGAGCUGCACAAGAUGAACCAAAUGGCACCUCCAAAUGUGUCCCUCGGAGCCGGCGGGGUUACCACCUGCUCAGCGGCGGCCUCUAGUGUCUUUGGCUCCACGCUGCAGCCGGAGCCUCCCAUCUACACGACACUGAACGCUUACUGCCCGAACACAAGCCUCUCUUCCGCAUCCAGCUACCCAACAGCAACCAUCAGCUACAUGCCGCCUCACCAGCAGAGCCACCCGCAGUCGACGCAUGGCGCGCACCACUUCCAGCACACUCUGCCCGGCUCCGGGCUCCACCCACAGCGGCUCCUCGCUCUCAAGGAGGAGCCGCAGACCGUGCCUGACCUGCUGAGCAGCGACGGCUCGCCUCCGAUGUCUCCCAUCGACUUGGAGACGCAGGAGAAGAUCAAGGCGGAGCGCAAGAGGCUGAGGAACCGAUUGGCGGCCACCAAGUGCCGGCGACGCAAGCUGGAGCGCAUCGCCCGGCUGGAGGACAAGGUGAAAGUUUUGAAGAAUGACAACGCGGGGCUCUCCAGCACCGCGUCGGUGCUGCGGGAUCAGGUCGCCCAGCUCAAGCAGAAGGUCCUGACGCACGUGAGCAGCGGCUGUCAGCUGAUGCUCACAAGCAAGAUGGAGGCGUUUUGAACCACAAGACUUUUGACUGACUGAAAAGUAAUAACACUGGAGUCAUGUUCUGCAUUCGCAGCACUGGAAUAGUGGUUGAUGUGUUGUCAGCGCUGGCUGCAACACAGGGACGAGGGGAGAGAGAGGGCAAGUGUAGACAACUCUGUAGGCUGUUUAGGGUGAAAGACCUGAGUGACAUGGUACUUCCGGAUGCUGGACACCGUUCAAGGGACCAUUCAAGCCUCGAAAGCAGGGCAGCAUCCAGACUGAGCAGAUACUGACUGAGCAACACAGUGGGCACUGAGGCCCAUGAGCUGGGUUUACUAAUGGUAGAAAAUGGGAAUGAUAACUUUGUACUUUUGCAUCUGAUAAUAUCAUGCAACGCUGCAUUUAUUCCUUGUGUAAAUUAUUGUGUUUUGUCCGGUUGAUCCGGAUAAAGUUAAGAUGUCCAAUGUUUACACUGUCUUUUUUUUAUUUGUCCUGUGUAUUUAAGUAAAGUGUCAUCAAAAUGA